AUGGCUCCAGUCCCAACAAUCCAAGGCGCUGCUGGUUACAAGAAGAAAGAUGGCACAUUCAGCAUUGCCCAAGACCAGAAGUCGAUCCAGUGGCAGCCUGUAGGAGCUCGAGAUGCAGAGAAAGUUGUGACCAUCGCUGUUGCCAAUAUCACCAAUUUGCAACAAACUCCGGAGGCAGCUGCAAAGGUGAUGCUGAAGAUCUUCGAAAAGCCACCUGACGCGUCCGAGUCUGUAACCCACCUCUUCCAUUUCAAUUCUCCCUCGAAUCCUCGAGGAGAGGCAAAUGCUAUCAAGGAUGCCUUGACAAACUUGAUUAGUGCUCUCAAAGCCAACGACGCCAACACACCAAAAGCGAAUGGUGCAACAUCAGCAGCCAUGGCCAUUGCUAGUGCUGUCACGUCCAAGCCGACUUCUGGGCCGGCGCGGUGGUAUGAUGAUGCCGGCUUGAAGACUGAUAUUGAACUGCAGCAGUCACUCAUGAAGAAGGACCCAGCAUUGCAUCGCACGUAUAUGGAGGCGAGGCGUACAAAACCUGACAUAAUCUCAGAUUCUCAGUUCAACUCACAAUUUUGGUCCACGAGAACGAAUAUCUUGCGAGCUCAUGCGGUAGAGAGUCACCAGAAAAGAGGUGCCUACAAUGUGUUGUCCGCUGUGAAGCCACGCCAAGUCGAUGGCGAGCUCAAGAUGAACAUUAGUGCCGAGCAAGUCCAGCUCAUAUUCAGCCAGCAUCCUCUAGUGAAACGAGUAUACGAUGAGAAUGUUCCUAAGCUGAAUGAGAUGGAGUUUUGGUCGAGGUUCUUUCUCAGCCGUUUGUUCAAAAAGCUCAAGGGAGAGCGCAUUGUCGAAACUGAUGGCACAGAUCCUACUUUUGAUCGAUAUCUCGAUGCGAGCAAUGACUCUGGUCUGGAUCAAAGACUCCUAGGUCUGCACAUACCCAAUAUCAUCGACCUUGAGGGCAAUGAGGAGAACCAAGGUGGAAGCAGGGGCGGCAAUCGAGCAGACUUCACCAUGAGACCUGGAUCCGCUGCCAAAGUACCCAUUGUUCGAACGCUGAAUAGUUUGAGCGAGAAAAUCAUGGCUCAUGUGGCUCCUUCUGAUGUUGAUCCCGCUGACCCUAUUGGUAUGGACGAGGAAACCUUCAAUGCGCUUGCUCUGAAGGAUUUGCAAGGUGAUGCAGCAGAAAAUCGCAUAAUGCUCAAUAUUAAAGAGCAGAGUCAAUUCUUCGCCAAUGAGAAGUCGGCCGUGUCUGCGGAGGCUGCUCUAUAUGCGAAACAAGUGCCAUCUGAAGUACUAGCAGGACUGCGAAGCGAUGUUAAUCCCAUGAGUAUAGGCAAUGGCACAGGCCGCGGAUUAGAUUUGAGCUCAGCUAUUGGAGUGCUUGAGGAAAGUGAUAGUGAAGACGAAAGAAAGACGGCCCACGUUGGUAGUAAAGCAAGCCUCGUGGAUGCACAAAAACAAAUUCUGGAAGGAGUGAAGGCUCGUCGAUUAGAGAUCGAUGGUUCCAGUGCUCAAACAUCGUUGGCUGGUUUAUCCCAAAAAAUCUUCGACAGGUUGACCUUAACUCACGCAACUACCACUGAAUUUCUUCACCAUUUUUGGACGAUCUUUCUCUCGGGCGAUCCUGAUCGUGCAGGUGAGUUGGCCAAAAUGGUGGAAACUCUCGAAAGAGCUAUGGAUCGUAUCAACGCCGUUGCCGCUGAUGCUGAGAAGGAAAGAGAUCAAGUGAUUGCCAGAACCAAACAGGACAUAUUAGAUAUAUAUCAGAGGACUCAGAAGAAGACCAAAUGGGAUCCGAAAUCUGUUGCAGGCGGCGAGAAGGUGGUGAAGGAAAUGAUGGAACCAACUACUAGGGCCAUCCAAAAGGCAAUGAAGGAGUACAAAAAGGCUUUGGCGGCUGAGGGAAUCGACACAUCUUAG